AUGGACGGCAAGGGAAGGGAAGGGCAGGGACGGCAAGGCAAGAGCAAGGAAGGGAAGGGACGGGACGGCGGGGAGCGGGAGCAGCAGCAGGCUGCCGGGCCAGCCCUUCUCGGCUUCUCCCGGCCCGCGGUGCCGCUGCAGGGGCCGUGGCUGGGCCAGUGCCGAGGCAGCCGCUGCAGAGCCCUUCCCGCCGGCUCGGUGCGGGCAGGUCCGUGUCCUUCAGCGAAAUGCUUUCGGUCUGCGUUGGACGCUGCCCGGGCGACAGCAGCGCCGGGUGCCCGGGCGACAGCAGCGCCGGGAACGCCGCGGGAUCCGCUUCUCUUCCCGGAACGGCGGCGCUUGGCGAGACGGGCAGGAAUCUUUUCAUCUCCGUCCUCUGUUCUCGGGGCUGUCUCUGCCCUAGAACCGCGGCAGAGCCUCUGCAUCGAGUUCCUGGAAAUGAGGCGGAGGAUCCCGGAGCAAGACCCCGGUGCCGGGGUCUCGGCUGCUCACCGCUGCGGUCUGAGAAAGCUCCCGGAGUCUGAUGACUUCUGCUCGGGCAGCUCUGGGAAACGAGGAGAAGUUCUUUCACCUCCAUCCAACCUGAGCUACUCGUUUGUCCAAAUCUGCACCCUGAACUGGACGUGGAACCCCCCCGGGAACGUCGGCAGUAGCUGCGACCUGGAGUAUUCCAGCGAGGUUGUGAUCGGUGAGGUCCCACAGGACACCAGGGCGUGGAGCAAGAGCCGCUCCCGCGUGACCGAGACCUGCCUGAGCGAGGAGCUGCGUUUCAGAGUGCGGAGCGAGUGCAAGCACGACAACACCACCCAGCCCAGCAGCUGGCUGGAGACCUCCCUUCUGCCAAAAGGUAUUCCAGGUAGUGCUGCUGCUAACUUGAGCUGUGUCUGGCACAAUUUGGAGUCCAUGGUUUGUACCUGGCGUGCUGGGGAGAAUGCAAGCAGGGACACCAAUUACACCUUGUCCUACUGGUUUGAUGGCUUGAAAGACUCAAAGAAGUGCAGGAACUACUUCAUGCACCAAGGACUCUAUGGAUGCACUUUCAGUCUCCGCUUCCCAAACAUCACCAGAAGUUACCCAGUUGUAAGGAUAUUGAUUAGAGAUCACUCUGAGGACAUCAGGCCUGUGUGUGCAAGUAAAAACCCCACCACCAUCGUAAAACCUGCCCCCCCAGGACAGCUCACACUGUCAAAUGUCAAGGAUGAAAUAUAUGUAGAAUGGAGUGAAUCAGAAACCUUCCCAGAAAACUGUUUGGUUUAUGAAGUUCAAUAUCACACUGGAGACUUGAACGCUGCUCAGAUAAUCCAAGUUGAGAGCAAUUAUAUCUCAGUUCCCAGUGUUGAUCCCAAGAGCAAGUACACCUUCAAAGUGAGAGCAUACCCCAAGCCUGAGUGCUACAGCAGCCACCUCUACAGUGACUGGAGUGAAGAAAAGAGCAUUGGUGAGAAGAUGGACUCCACAUUCCAUUUGGCUUUACUCAUCACCAUGCCAUUAACUGUAGCAGUGUCUACCAUAAUUCUCCUAGUCUAUCUGAAAAGGCUGCAGAUAUUAAUCCUGCCACCAAUUCCAGACCCUCGAGAAAUCCUGAAGCGUAUGUUUGGAGAGCAGAGUGAGGAUCCCCAGAGCUGUGCCAAGGACGACUCCCUGAACACUUGUGACAGGCUCAUCAAGGAAGAAGAAAUCCAUUCUUUAAUUGUGACAGAGACUCCAGUGUGUGCUAAUGCUGACAAGGAGACCUGAAGAGCUCUGCUCUGCCAGUGAAAAGGGAGGGAGCUUUCGUCCUGCCUUGUGCUCGGGUGACAAUGUCGAUGCGAGGAGGCCUGCGAGACCUUCACCUGCUGCCACCUUACUCAGUCCUCUCCCAGGCUCAGAGGGUGCAUCACUAAGCAUGGCCAUUCCUCCAUCUCUGCUAGAAAUGCUCCAUCUUGGAGCCCUCCAGACGAGCAUGGAC